AUGGAAGAAGAUCAUGAUGAAUUGAGAUUUGUUUGUAAGUAUUGCGAUAAGAAGUAUCCAAGUGGGAAGUCUCUAGGAGGACAUAUGAGGUCUCAUGUGAUUGCUGCUGCUGCUGCAGCAGCCGCUGCGAAUUCCUCUGAAUCUGAUGAGAAAUUUGCAAAUCUUUCAACUUUGAUGAUCAAUGGGAAUGGAAACGAUCCUUCUGGAAAUGGGAAUUCCAGUUCUUAUGGGUUAAGAGAGAACCCUAAAAAAACUUGGAGAGCAGUUGGUUCUUCAACUUUUCCUUUCCCAAAUGAGAAAGUUUGUAAGCAAUGUGGAAAAGGGUUUCAAUCUUUAAAAGCUUUAUGUGGUCAUAUGGCUUGCCAUUCUGACAAAGAUAGAGGUAUGAAGGAUUAUGAUCAUUCAUGGACUAGUGAGAAUCUUGAUCAUGACGAUAAGGUUGUUACCGAUAGUCAAUCGGAUACCGAUGAACCCGAGCUGCAAGAUCCGACACGAGUCACGAGAUCGAAGUCGAAGAGGUACAAGAAACUUGUAGUUAAACCAUAUUCUUUUUCUUUAGCUAAUACUAGCAAUAACAGCAAUUACAAUUAUGGGUCUUCUUCUGUUUCUGAGAUUGAUGAGCUUGAACAAGAAGAAGUAGCUAUGUGUUUGAUGAUGUUGUCCAAGGAUUCCACCAACUGGGCUGGUGUCGGUUUCGUGGUGGAAUCCUCAGAUAACAAUUCUGCAGUUUUAGAGACGAAAUCGUCUUCGAUUGACAUGAGAAUCAGUAAGAAAUCUAGUGUUUUAGAUGCCGAAAGUUUUCAAUUUGAGAAUUCCAAUUCUGGGUACUCUAGAAACGGAACUAGGAAGGUAGAAUCCGAUAUUUCAGUUGAAGAGUUGCUUAGGAACGGUGAUCGAAACAAGAAUAAGUCCAAAGGGGGCCGAGAGUUGUCGUAUGAGGAAAAACUUGAAAUCCGAAGGAAUUUGUUUAGAGAAUUCGGGUAUCGUGAUCCUCUGAAGAAAAGAAUCCGCAAUGACGAUGAUUCAUACAGUCCUGAAUUAGAACGAGAGGCAUCACAUAAGAAGAAAAACAAGUAUGAAUGCUUAACUUGUAACAAGAUUUUCUCUUCAUUCCAAGGUCUUGGUGGGCAUAGACCUUGCCACAAAAAGAACAAUCUUUUUGCAUCUUCUAAACACAAUAAUCGCGAAAACAGCUUAGAACACGAAUAUGGUCCUACUCGGAAUCCCAAAUACGAGAAGAAAAUAAGGGUGAAAAAGAGCAAAGGGCACGAAUGCCCGACCUGUUUCAGGAUGUUUAAGUCAGGGCAAGCUUUAGGAGGUCACCGAAGGUCUCAUUUCAUUAACGGAUCAAUCGGUCACAUUGCAGCCACGGAGAACGAGGCUCCUACGUGUUCUGACAUGAUCGAUCUCAAUCUACCUGCUCCAGAAGAGGACUAG